ACCAGUUACUGGCACCCUGUUAGACUAUGUUCACACAGCAGAAUUUCUGCACGGAUACUGCAUGAAUUUAUAGCCAAGUCACUGCAAUGAGAUUCCAGCAGCGAAAAGUCUGCUGUGUGAAUUGGACAGCGGAAUCCCAUUGCAGGGUAUUGGCUAUGAAUUCUGACGUGUAAACAUAACCUUAGAGAGGAAUAAGUGAUCUAAUAAAGAGUCACGCGAAAUCCAGUUUCACUUUAAAACCGUUGUUUCCGGCACCAUAAAGAGCUGAAUAUCACCGGGAUACCACCCGUGUCUAUAAGUACAUGACAGCCGUAGUGUCCGCCACCCAGCUUUACUGGGAAGCCGCGGGGUCUCUAGAACAGCUGAGCUAACGCCGUCCACAUAAGACAACGUGUCAGUCACAUAACCGGCUGGGCCGCGUACUGUCACCAGCUCCCCGCACUCGUCCAGGUCCACUCACAGAGAUACAAUGUACAAGGCAACGUCAUGGAAAGAACUACGUCACGACCAAUUAGCAAGCGGGAAAUGACUUGUGGGCGUGUCCAUGAGCAAGGAGAGAGGAGGGGGGAGCGCGGGCCCACUUGCAGUGCCUGCUCCGAGCGGAGGCGCUGAGGACGAGACGUCACAGCCCGUGCAUUUUGGAUAUCGUUACAUGAAAUGAUGCAAUGAUGCAGACGUUUACAAUGGAGCAGUAUUCAAGACCUACUUGUGGAAGUCCCCUUUGAGGUUUUUUUUGAAUAUUCUUUUAACAUGAACUUGGUAUAGAUUUGGUACCAAGGAUUGUUUCAUCCGAUUGGCAGAAGAUAUUAGUACCCUGCUGGAUUUCCUGAACCAGUCUUUUCAUUUGACUACUCCAAAGGAUUGUCUGUGGCAAAAAUGGCGAACAAUUCAGUUGCAUAUAGUGGAGUAAAAAACUCCAUAAAUGAAACAAGUUAUCCUGUUGAUUUUGGGAUCACACUCGAUGAGCUUCGUGCUCUUAUGGAAUUGAGAUCAACAGAUGCAUUACAGAAAAUACAAGAUUGCUAUGGAGAUGUCUAUGGUAUUUGUAGUAGGUUAAAAACCUCACCGCAUGAAGGUUUAAGUGGAAAUCCGGCAGACCUUGAAUGGAGGCAAGAAGUAUUUGGAAAGAAUCUUAUACCUCCUAAAAAGCCAAAAACAUUUCUUCAGUUAGUAUGGGAAGCACUACAGGAUGUAACGUUAAUUAUAUUAGAAAUCGCAGCCGUAAUAUCUCUAGGCCUUUCUUUUUACCGUCCCCCUGGUGGAGAUAAUGAAUUGUGUGGGGCAGCAACUGGUGCUGUAGAGGAGGAGGAAGGUGAAGCAGGUUGGAUAGAAGGAGCUGCUAUUCUUUUGUCCGUUGUAUGUGUGGUGUUGGUAACUGCUUUCAAUGACUGGAGUAAAGAAAAGCAGUUCAGAGGGCUGCAAAACCGCAUUGAGCAAGAGCAGAAAUUCACAGUGGUACGUGGAAGUCAGGUGAUCCAAAUUCCGGUGGCUGAUAUCGUUGUUGGAGACAUUGCACAAAUUAAAUAUGGAGAUCUUUUGCCGGCUGAUGGAGUUCUUAUUCAGGGGAAUGAUCUUAAAAUUGAUGAGAGUUCAUUAACUGGAGAAUCUGAUCAUGUUAAGAAAACUCUGGAGAAAGACCCUCUUCUGCUUUCUGGUACACAUGUUAUGGAAGGGUCUGGAAAAAUGGUCGUCACUGCAAUUGGAGUGAAUUCUCAAACUGGAAUUAUAUUCACUUUACUUGGAGCUGGAGAAAAUGAAGAAGAGAAAGAGAAGAAGGAAAAGAAAAGCAAAAAACAAGAUGGCACUAUUGAAAAUCGUAACAAAGCAAAGGCUCAAGAUGGUGCAGCUAUGGAAAUGCAGCCCCUUAAAAGUGAGGAUGGUAUCGAUGGAGAAGACAAAAAGAAAUCAAAUUUGCCAAAAAAAGAAAAAUCUGUUCUGCAAGGAAAACUUACUAAACUGGCUGUUCAGAUUGGCAAAGCAGGCUUGGUGAUGUCUGCAAUAACCGUUAUAAUCCUUGUUCUAUACUUUGUGAUUGACAAUUUCUGGGUUCAGAACCGCCCCUGGUUGGCUGAGUGUACACCAAUUUAUGUCCAGUAUUUUGUAAAGUUUUUCAUCAUUGGAGUGACAGUUUUGGUUGUUGCUGUACCAGAAGGUCUUCCACUUGCAGUAACCAUUUCACUGGCCUACUCUGUUAAGAAAAUGAUGAAAGAUAAUAACUUGGUUAGGCAUCUGGAUGCUUGUGAAACCAUGGGAAACGCUACUGCAAUCUGUUCAGAUAAAACUGGAACGUUAACUAUGAACAGAAUGACUGUUGUCCAGGCUUUCAUGAAUGAAAAACAUUACAGAAAGAUUCCUGAUGCAGAGUCCAUCCCUGAGAAUGUGCUGAACCUCCUUGUAAAUGGAAUUUCUGUCAACUGUGCUUACACAUCAAAAAUCUUGCCUCCAGAAAAAGAAGGUGGCCUACCACGCCAUGUCGGGAACAAAACUGAAUGUGCCUUGCUGGGAUUUCUUUUGGAUCUAAAACGGGAUUAUCAAGAUGUCAGAAAUGAGAUCCCUGAGGAAACCUUAUUUAAAGUGUACACUUUUAAUUCUGUGAGAAAAUCUAUGAGCACAGUGUUAAAAAACAAUGAUGGCAGUUACCGAAUGUUCAGUAAGGGUGCCUCUGAGAUUCUCCUCAAAAAGUGCUUCAAAAUUAUCAGUGCAGAUGGUGAAGCCAAAGUCUUCAGACCAAGGGAUAGAGAUGAUAUGGCUAAAAGAGUGAUUGAGCCAAUGGCAUCCGAAGGCCUAAGAACAAUAUGUUUGGCUUAUAGAGAUUUCCCUGCGGGUGAACCUGAGCCUGAAUGGGAAAACGAAAAUGAUAUUUUGAGUGGACUUACCUGUAUUGCUGUUGUAGGGAUUGAAGACCCUGUCAGGCCAGAGGUACCAGACGCUAUAAGAAAAUGCCAGCGUGCCGGUAUUACAGUACGUAUGGUUACAGGGGACAACAUCAACACGGCCCGUGCAAUUGCUACAAAAUGUGGAAUUCUUAACCCUGGAGAAGAUUUCUUGUGUGUAGAAGGAAAAGAAUUCAAUAGGCGAAUACGGAAUGAAAAAGGAGAAAUUGAGCAAGAACGAAUAGACAAAAUUUGGCCUAAGCUUCGUGUACUUGCUAGAUCGUCUCCAACGGACAAACAUACAUUAGUGAAAGGUAUAAUUGACAGCACGGUCUGUGAGCAAAGGCAAGUGGUAGCAGUUACUGGGGAUGGGACCAAUGAUGGGCCUGCGCUAAAGAAAGCAGACGUUGGCUUUGCUAUGGGUAUUGCUGGAACAGAUGUUGCAAAAGAAGCGUCUGAUAUUAUUCUCACAGAUGACAACUUCAGCAGCAUUGUAAAAGCAGUGAUGUGGGGAAGAAACGUGUAUGACAGUAUUUCAAAAUUCCUCCAGUUCCAGCUUACCGUCAAUGUAGUGGCUGUCAUUGUAGCUUUUACCGGAGCGUGUAUCACACAAGACUCUCCACUUAAAGCUGUGCAGAUGUUGUGGGUUAACCUUAUUAUGGACACUUUUGCAUCGCUUGCUCUGGCAACUGAGCCACCAACAGAAUCUCUAUUGUUGAGAAAACCCUAUGGAAGAAAUAAACCUCUCAUAUCCCGUACAAUGAUGAAAAACAUUUUAGGCCAUGCUGUUUACCAGUUAGUUGUGGUCUUCACUCUAUUAUUUGUAGGGGAAAAACUAUUUGAUAUUGACAGUGGGCGAAAUGCGCCUCUCCACGCACCUCCAUCCCAACAUUAUACUAUUGUGUUUAACACAUUCGUAAUGAUGCAGCUAUUUAAUGAAAUUAAUGCACGAAAGAUUCAUGGUGAAAGGAAUGUAUUUGAGGGGAUAUUUAACAAUAUGAUCUUCUGCAGCAUCGUAUUAGGUACUUUUAUAAUACAGAUCGUAAUUGUGCAGUUUGGUGGAAAACCUUUUAGUUGUACAGAACUGACAGUAGAUCAGUGGUUGUGGUCAGUUUUCCUGGGUAUGGGAACAUUGCUAUGGGGCCAGCUGGUAACAACAAUACCAACCAGUCGUUUAAAGUUCCUUAAGGAAGCAGGUCAUGGGACACAUAAGGAUGAGAUUCCAGAGGAGGAGCUUGCUGAGGAUGCAGAAGAGAUUGACCAUGCAGAAAGAGAGCUACGACGUGGUCAGAUCUUAUGGUUUAGGGGCUUGAACAGAAUCCAAACCCAGAUGGGAUGGUCCUUUCUCUUGUUCUCUCUCUCUCUUGCUGAGCAAGCUGUCACAAUCUCUGAUUCCUUGCAGAUGGAUGUAGUGAAUGCUUUCCAAAGUGGAAGUUCCAUUCAGGGGGCUUUAAGGCGGCAACCCUCCAUCGCCAGCCAGCAUCAUGAUAUUCGAGUGGUGAAUGCAUUUCGUAGUUCUCUGUAUGAAGGACUGGAAAAACCUGAGUCACGAAGUUCAAUCCACAAUUUCAUGACACACCCGGAGUUUAGAAUAGAAGACUCUGAGCCUCAUAUUCCGCUCAUUGAUGACACAGAUGCUGAAGAUGAUGCUCCCACAAAACGUCACUCUACUCCACCACCCUCUCCAAAUAAAAAUAACAAUGCGGUCGAUAGUGGAAUACAUCUUACAAUAGAACCGAACAAGUCAGCUACCUCUUCAUCCCCAGGCAGUCCACUACAUAGUCUGGAGACUUCACUCUGAUUGUAAGAUGAAUGUUAAGAUUCUAGCUGAUUUGCAAAGAACACUGGGUCCUUUUCACACAUUGUGACAGGCAGGUGAACGAGCCUGCCUUAUGGACUUCAAAUGAAGAUACACUUGUAUGAAUGUAGAUUUAUUUUUUUAAAAACAAUGCUUUCUGCCAGACUGAGGGUGCUUUUCUCGGGAAGGAAAGGGAUGGGCUUAUUGGGAUGACCUCUGACCGAUAAAUCGUAACCCAGCAAAAGUGACCUGCAGAACAUCAGUUACACUAAACAAUCAUUGGCCUGGACAGUGUGUUAGCAAUGCUCUAGUUUAUAUUGAUCCUCAAUAUUAUUAUUAUUUCUGGGGCCCUGGGAUGUUCAUUUGAUUAUUUAUGUUAUAAAUGAUACAGAUCUGUUUACAAGGUUUAUAGAUAUUUUGUUCCUGUUCAUAGAAGGGAAGUUUCCUUUAUAUAUGAUGAAAAAAUGUCCUUUAAACACUGCUGUAUUUUCGAUAAAAAGGGGUGUUUCUAUUGAAAUUGUUCUAAAUUCUUGCCUGCAAUGUACUUGUUGAAUAUUGUAGAUAAAAUUAAUAGCCAAAAAGAAAACAAAAAAAUAACACUAACGCUUAAGUUAAGUGAGCGGCAGUGUUAUGCUGAAGUAUGGCCUCUCUCCUUAGUUUGUAAAAGAAAACACAAUUCUUAUUGGUUUUCAAAUUUUUUUUUUGAUGUUGGAAAAAAAAUGAUUAACUUUUUUUUGUUCCAAAGUAAAAUGGAAUUUGUGAAAUGCAGGACAUCGAUGUGUGACGGUUCUUGCUUGAAAUCCUUUUUGCUAUCGCCGUCAAAAUAUAUAAAAAAAAUCAAAAUACAUCAAAAAUUAGUCUUCUUAAUUAUUUUUUUUUGUUUGUCUAAACAUGUUAGUUUUAGAACUGUCUUGGUGAACUGUGAGUGGAACCGUGUUGAUUUUCUAAUCUUUAGAUGACCUUCAUACAGCUUGAGGGGCUGUUGGCAUUUUGGAAAAAAAUACUACUAGGUAGUAGUAAAGUCAUACAUGUUUUCCUUUUUGUUUUUGAAACUUGUUUGUAAACACAAUAAACAUACCCUUUUAUUAAA